AUGGUCGACCAUAAAGUUGCUUUGAUUGUCAUUGAUGGCUGGGGUAUCGCUGGCCCCGAUUCGCCUCCCGAGGGUGAUGCUAUCGCCGCCGCCGAGACCCCAAACAUGUCCGGGUUCAUGGAGGCCAACUCCAAGACUGCCCAGGGCUUCACUGAACUCGAUGCCUCCUCCCUUGCGGUUGGCCUCCCCGAAGGCCUCAUGGGUAACAGUGAGGUUGGACACUUGAACAUUGGUGCUGGCCGUGUCGUCUGGCAAGACAGCGUCCGCAUUGACCAGACCCUCAAAAAGGGUGAGCUGAACAAGGUGCCCAACAUCGUGAAGGCCUUUAACCGGGCCAAGGAGGGCAAUGGCCGCCUGCACCUGGCUGGUCUGGUUUCUGACGGUGGUGUUCACUCCAACAUCACUCACCUAUUUGGUCUCCUCGAGGUGGCCAAGGAGUUCCAGAUCCCCGAGGUCUACAUCCACUUCUUUGGCGAUGGCCGUGAUACCGACCCUAAGAGUGCCGUCAUUUAUAUGGAGCAGCUCCUGAACAAGACUAAGGAACUUGGUGUUGGUGAGAUUGCCACCGUCGUUGGCCGCUACUACAUUAUGGACCGUGACAAGCGCUGGGAGCGUGUUGAGCUUGGCAUGAAGGGUCUCGUUACUGGCGAAGGCGAGGACAGCUCAGACCCUCUCCAGACUAUCAAGGACCGCUACGAAAAGGGUGAGAAUGACGAGUUUCUUAAGCCAAUCAUCGUUGGUGGCGAGAAACGUCGUAUCAAGGAUGACGAUACCGUCUUCUUCUUCAACUAUCGUUCGGACCGUGUCCGUGAGAUCACUCAGCUGCUUGGCGACUAUGACCGCUCCCCUCGCCCCGACUUCCCUUACCCCAAGAAUAUCUCUAUCACUACGAUGACUCAGUAUAAGACUGACUACACCUUCCCCGUUGCUUUCCCUCCCAGCACAUGGGCAAUGUUCUGGCCGAAUGGUUGGUACGCCCACGUUACUUUCUUCUUCAACGGCGGUAUUGAGAAGCAAUUCCCCGGUGAAGUCCGCGACAUGAUCCCAUCACCCAAGGUUGCUACCUAUGAUCUCGACCCCAAAAUGAGCGCCGCCGGUGUGGGUGAGAAGAUGGCCGAGCGUAUCGGCGAGAACAAGUUUGACUUUGUCAUGAACAACUUCGCCCCACCUGACAUGGUUGGCCACACCGGUGUGUACGAGGCUGCCAUCAAGGGUGUUUCUGCCACCGACAAGGCCAUUGGUGCCGUCUACGAGGCGGCCAAGAAGAACAACUACAUUCUCUUCAUCACCGCUGAUCACGGAAACGCCGAGGAGAUGCUCAAUGAGAAGGGCACCCCCAAGACCUCUCACACUACCAACUUCGUUCCUUUCAUCAUGGCCAACGCUCCGGAGGGCUGGAGCCUUGGCAAGGAGAAGGGUGUUCUGGGUGAUGUCGCCCCCACCGUUCUCGCCGCUAUGGGUAUUGAGCAGCCAGAGGAGAUGACUGGCAAGAGCUUGUUGGUCAAGUCAUAG